AUGGCAAGACAUUCCGAGAAAUUCUCGGCAGAUUUCGUCAUGGGAGGGGCCGCAGCCAUAGUGGCCAAAAGCGCUGCAGCCCCAAUCGAGAGAGUGAAGCUUUUGUUGCAGAAUCAAGGAGAGUUGUUGAAGAGAGGACAGCUUCAAAAACCUUAUACCGGCGUCGGUGAUUGUUUCCGGCGGGUCUUCCGGGAAGAGGGGACUUUGUCCUUCUGGAGGGGUAACCAGGCCAAUGUUAUUCGAUAUUUUCCUACUCAGGCAUUUAAUUUUGCAUUUAAAGGUUACUUCAAAAGCCUGUUUGGAUGUUCUAAAGAGAAAGAUGGGUACUUGAAGUGGUUUGCUGGAAAUGUUGCUUCCGGAAGUGCUGCAGGAGCUACCACUUCUUUGUUUCUAUAUCAUUUGGAUUAUGCACGAACUCGUUUGGGCACAGAUGCCAAAAAAUGUCAUAUCAGUGGUAAACGGCAGUUUAAUGGGCUAAUAGAUGUUUACCGUAAGACAUUGUCCAGUGAUGGAAUUGCGGGUCUCUAUCGAGGUUUUGGGGUUUCAAUAUUGGGAAUUACUCUUUACCGUGGAAUGUACUUUGGUAUCUAUGACACCGUGAAACCCAUUGCCUUGGUCGGGCCUCUUCAGGAUAGUUUUAUUGCUAGCUUUUUCUUGGGCUGGAGUGUGACCACUGUUUCUGGGGUAUGUGCCUACCCAUUUGACACCCUACGUCGAAGAAUGAUGCUCACAUCUGGACAGCCCGUGAAGUACGACAGUGCAAUGCACGCAUUCCUUGAAAUCAUUCGAGUAGAAGGUUUUAGAGCUCUGUUUAGAGGGGUCACGGCUAACAUGCUGCUUGGUGUAGCUGGGGCUGGAGUGCUUGCUGGGGAAAUGACACUUAGGAAAGCACUGCAUAUUACAUGCUGCUCGGCUCAAUAG